AUGAACAUCCAGGACCCGGAAGUUGUUCAGAGGCGGAGGCCCCUCCUAAGACUCGGCACGCGCGUCGCUAUUGCAGCAGCCAUGGUUGCAUCAACCUGCUGGAUGUCUGGAGCAGCGCUGGCGUGGUGUUUCGGUGCUAGCAGCCCGUUCGCUUUGAGAAAGCCGGCAAGGGCUCCGUUGUCACAGCGGAGGUUCUUUGGGGAUCUCCUGGACCCGUCUGUGUGGGAACGAGACAGCUUCGUUGCGGAUUCCAUGAGUCCGUGGCUGCCCUCCUACCCACCAAGAACAGAAGUCGUAGCACUGGAAGUUGAGCCUUCCAGCGGCAGGUACUUGUCCUUCCUCAGGCCAGAAAACUGCAAAUGGUACAUGGAGAAGGUUGUCAUUGUGGGCGAGAAUCUGGGUGAGCUGGACGGGAGAACCUUGGAGGUCAUGAAAAGGACUGCCAGCGAAAUGGGUGCGGGCUUUGAAGCUCUGCCGUGGAAGAAGGCCGGGGUGCCGCCACAGAUCAAGCUGGGUUCGGUUGACAUCGGCCUCAUGUCAGACGGCGCAUGUGCAAAGUUGGGAGCCAAAGGCACUGAGGCUGCCCUUCGGCGGAUGUUCUUGAUGCUCAAGAACUCUGGACGUUUCUUCAUCAUUGCGAACUCGGAUGAUGAGCAGAUUGGGUUUCGAGAACAGCUGGUGCUUGGUUUUGAGCCUGCCGUGUUGAAGAAGAUUGGCUGGCAGAUACAAGCAGCAAAGCGGGAUAACGGAGUGGUCGUCGGAACCUCGACUUCGCAUAUCGCUGCCAUGGGCGCAUCUCUCCACAACUUGCUUAAGGACUGGCGCUACGAGAAGACCACGAAGGACUACCAAGCGGUAAGGCGAGACAUGCCGAAUCGCAUCAAUCUGCAAACGUGCGUCCUGGUGCGGUGGCGUGGCCGAACACCGGCUGCUGCGCAGGGGAUAGAGUUCCGUGGGAUGCGGGAUCGGGGCUCAGCCUCGGGCGCACCCAGUGCGCCGUGGUAUGGACCAUCAUUUUGCAUCAACUGCGAGACCAAUGACAUGAGGCAUGUCUCCAGGAAGCUCUUGAUUAUCUGGAGUCGCGAAUGCCUGGUGGAGAGGUGUUCUACGAUGUUGUGCAGAGAUUGCUGCGCGAGCCUGGGAUAUUUGAGCCGCGUCAUGCACAUGCCGCUCCGAUAUCCGUUGAUGCUGAGACUGAGUGCGGCAUACCGUGACAUUCUUUGUACAGGCUCUGAGCUGAUGCAAUUGGUACAAGCUGUGGCAGCGGACACUCUGGGCGUCCCAACCAGCGACUUACCGCUGGCAGCUCCUCUCGGUGUGGACUCGGCGACUGCUGUACGCUUCAGCGACGCCUUGGAAAAAGAGCUGAAAGCAGACCUUGCUGGGAAGCGGCUACCUUCGACGCUCGCCUUUGACUUCCCGACAUUGACUGAGCUGGUUGAGGGUCUUCCGCAGCUCAUCGCUGGUCGAUCUCAAUCCAGCGACACGUCGAUCCACAGCGGUAAGCAGGGAUGGGGCGCUGAUGAGCCGAAAGCGACGCGGUCCAGCAACCUCCUCAUCUCAGCUUUCAGCUGCGAGCUGCCGGGUGCAAGUGACUUGCAGGAGCUUUGGUCGAGACUGGAAGCAGAGGUGGACGACGUUCAGGAAGUUCCUGUAUGUAGGUGGGACUGGGCUGAUGCUGAGAAUGCUGAGGCUUGUGCACGACAUGGUAGCUUUGUCGAAGGGGCGGACCUUUUCGAUGGAACCUUCUUUGGCCUGCAGCCAGCAGAAGCACAGGCUACGGACCCGCAGCAGCGGCUGUUGCUACGAACAAGUUACAAGGCAUUGGCUGGGUCUGGACAUGAUAAGGGUACGUUGCUGGGCGCCCCACACGGGGUCUUCGCUGCGGUAAGCAACCAGGAGAAGCCGGAACAAGCCUGGCAGUCCCGUGAUCUCACAUACAUUGCAUAUGGUGUUUGGAAGACGCCGACAACGUCGACAGGACUGGCAUACAUGGUCAUUCAGCGAGGGUCGAGUUGGUGCUUUCACAGGCCGACGUUUCGAGGGUCGAGAAUGCGCAAUUGCAUAAUGUGUUGUGGCCACCUGCUGUACUGUCAGCUGCCUUCUGCGAUGCAGGCACUGGAGUCGCUGCAGCGCUGGCCGCGAACCGCAUAUCCUUUUCCUUGGGUCUUCGUGGGCCCAGCAUGA